CGACUGCGGGUGGACGAACCACCACCUCUAUUAAUUAAGAUUCCUCGACCUGAUAUUAAUCUGGUAUAAAUUAUCCCUUUUUCUUCUUGCUUGAAACCAAACCCCUGGUCUCUGCAGACUUCUCUGGGCUAGGUAUGCAAUGUCCCUUCCUGGUCUAGAGCUCACGCAGCCCACCGCAGACAGACCGUUUGCUGCCGCUCCGCCUACUCAGAUCAGCUUGUCGCAGGGAACGGAAUGGAGGUUUGAAGUCGCCUUUGGGACCACCGUGCGGGUAAAGCUCCUGGCCGGUACCGCAGAACUUUUCGGAACAGAGCUCGCGCCGUCGCAGACCUACACGUUUUCGGGCACCAAGGCGGCGAUUUAUACCUGGCAUGGCUGUACGUUGGAGGUCAACGCGGGAGAUGCGGUGUCCUCGCUGGAUGGGUUCUUGCCCGGGGAGGUCAACGGCAGCGCUGCUCGCGGCCUGAGCGCCGGCGGGUGUCAGAGCGAGUACACGGCGGAGGAGACGCCGAUGGUGGAAUACGCGAACGUGCAUUUUGCGCUGGAGGAGAUGAGGCAGCAGGCCAAGGCUGCAGGUAGAGAUGGCCCGCGAGUGCUCAUCCUAGGACCCGAAGAUGCAGGCAAGACGAGUCUCGCGAAGAUCCUGACGGCCUACGGUGUCAAGAGCGGACGCCAGCCUAUUGUGGUGAAUCUCGAUCCGUCAGAGGGCAUGCUUAGUGUCCCCGGGACGCUGACGGCCACGGCGUUUCGGAACAUGAUCGAUAUCGAGCAGGGAUGGGGGAGUAGUCCGAUGUCUGGGCCGAGCCCCGUCCCCGUCAAGCUGCCGCUGGUGUAUUUCUAUCCUUCACAGAAUCCGCUCGAGGCGGACGGGAUGAUCUAUCGGCCUAUCGUAUCACGUCUUGCCCUCUCGGUGAUGGGCCGUAUGGCCGAGGAUGAAGAUUCCAGAGAGACUGGCAUCAUUGUUGACACGCCGGGCAUCCUGAGUCAGGGCAAGGCCGGAGGUCUCCAAAUGAUCAACCAUAUCAUCACCGAGUUCUCGAUCUCCACUAUCCUUGUCAUUGGCUCCGAACGUCUCUACAGCACCAUGGUCAAGGACUAUGACAACAAGCCCACGUCCAGCGCGUCCGCUGUGGCCACAGACGAACGCAUCUCGGUAGUCAAGCUGUCGAAGUCCGGCGGGUGCGUUGACCGCGACGUCGGGUUCAUGAAGGCCGUGCGGGAGUCCCAGAUUCGAACGUAUUUCUUCGGCAACUCCGUCCCGUCCACUGCCUCAUCGGCGCUCUCCCUCUCCGCCACCUCGACCCUUGUCACGCUCUCGCCACACGCCACACAGCUCGAUUUCAACUCCCUAGCGAUCUACAACUACAUCCCCCCAACCGUUGACGAGGAUGAAGACGAAUACGACCCAUCCCAGCUGGGCACGGGAGACCCCUUCUUCACCGGAGGAGGAGAAGGAGGAGGAGUUGAUCCAUCAUCCCACGACCCCAACCAACAACCAUCACAUUCAGACGAGCCGGGAAGUACAGAAGCAACGGCAUCCUCGUCAGCACCCAUCGACGGCCUCUCCGUUCCUUUGAAAAAGGUGCCUGGCCCGGCCCCCUCCCUCCUCGCCAACACCCUCCUAGCAAUCACGCACGCCCCGCCAAAUGCCCCCGCCCCGGCGAUCCGCGACGCAAGCAUUAUGGGAUUUCUAUACGUUGCCGACGUGGAUGGCGAGAAGGGCAAAGUCCGCGUCCUGGCCCCGAUCGGUGGGCGGGUGCCUUCGCGGGCUUUGGUUUGGGGUAAGAAAUGGCCGGAUGAGGUUGUGGGUUUGGUGGGAUGAUAUAACAUAUUUACUAUAGCCAUACAUAUAUUAGUAGCUUCUAACAGUAGCUUCUAAGAGUCAAUGAAAUUGUGCAACAGGUCAAUUAUAUCC